AUGUUGAUAGUAUUUUUUUGUCUUUGUGUUGUUACAGAGAAGGCGAGGCGAUAUAACAACCUCAUCGAACAGGGCAUAACUGAUCCAGACAUAUUGAACCGGGCAGCAGGAGGGAGUAUCCUGGACAACACCCCGGAGACCGACCUACUCUAUGGGAGACUGCAGCCACCGUGGUUAUCUGAACAGUACUCGUACACCUCUGAUCCUUCUGCUGCCACCCCUGCUGCCUCUGCCACCCCUGCUGCCUCUGCCACCCCUGCUGCUUCUGCCACCCCUGCUGCUUCUGCCGCCCCUGGACCGUCCAAUCCCUCCGCCACUGCUGAAGCUGCGGCUUUUGGUGGUGGCUUCUUGCAGGAUGAUGAUUUCCAGCCAUCCAACCAGCAGUUCCCUUAUCAAAACGCUGGGUGGGACACGGCAGCUAUGUCCUCAGUCAACCAGGAGGAAAUUAGGCCAUGGGAGACUACUGAAUCAGCCGCAAGGCCGCCCUGGAUGAAGGUGCCCAAAAUCUUCUUCGGCACAAGGACCCACAAACAGGUUCAUCAGAUCGUCAAGGAGCUGCGACGCACAGACUACACCGAUGUCAGGUCUGUGGUGCUGGCUUCCCGGGAACAUAUGUGCAUCCACCCCACUGUCAGCAAAUUAAAUAACAAAAACGAGGAGUGUCGUAAGCUGCUGGAUCCUCAUUUGAGAGUCGAGAUUGACAGCAGGAAAGAUGAAAAAAAACACAAGCAAAUCAUCAUACCGGGCACUGGAUGUAGGUAUCAUCAUGGUUCCCAAAAGAUAAAAAACUAUGACCACUUGGCAGAGCAUGGUGUGGAUUCUGUAUUGGAUAUUGAAGACUUGGUCAAAUUUGGUAAGAGGGUCCAUGCUUGCCCCUAUUAUACCUCCAGGACACUUUUAACAACAGCAGAAUUAGUCAUCUGUCCAUAUAACUACCUCAUUGAUCCACUCAUUAGACAGUCGAUGGACAUCGUCCUGACAAACCAAAUUAUUGUGCUGGAUGAAGCUCACAACAUUGAGGACAGUGCCAGAGAGGCAGCCUCAUGCACGGUUCCCCAGGGUGAUAUGCUUGAGGCCAGUCUUGAUCUUCAGAGUUUAGCAAAGAAAGAAAUCAAUCCGUCUGAAUGUACUGUAUUGUUUCAGAUGUUGGAUGCUUUAUGUGGAUGGGUGAACCAAAACUCUGACAAACUCACAGACUAUACAGACUAUGAUCGUUCAGGCAAAAUUUUCAAAGGCACAGAAAUGAUUGCACACCUUGAACUUCUUGGAAUUGGAUGCAGCAAUUUUAAGAAAUUUAAGCAUUGCCUAUCCGUUCUGACUGUUGACAAAGCACCAGACGAGCUAGUGAUAAUUCCCAGCAUCAACAGUGCAACAACUUCACUACUCAAGAACCUUUUUCUUAUGUUUCAUUACCUUUUUAUGGAUAACAUGAAAUAUGGCGAUGAUUAUCGGGUUGCUCUGGUGAAAGAACAGAGUAGGAAGAACAGCACUCCAAAUGCAGAUGGUUGGUUUGGCAAAGGGGAAUCUUGUGUAGGAUGGAAGUACUCCAUUAAUUUCUGGUGCCUCAAUCCUGCUGUAACUUUCUCUGCAUUUGGAGGUAUUGUCCGCUCCAUCAUCCUGACCUCAGGAACUCUUUCCCCUAUGAGCACCUUCCAGUCUGAAUUGGGUAUUCCAUUCAAGAUACAACUAGAAGCUAAUCAUGUCAUUGACAAGAGCCAGGUUUGGGUGGGAACAAUAGGUAAAGGGCCAACAGAGCACAGUUUACAGGCAACUUACCGUCAUACUGAAUCUUUUACAUUCCAAGAUGAAUUAGGAAAACUUAUUCUUGAUGUUUGUAAGACUGUGCCUCGAGGGAUAUUGUGCUUUCUUCCUUCCUAUGCCAUGCUCAACAAAUUAGUUAACAGAUGGAAGAACGUGGGGCUCUGGCAUGAGUUACAGAAGGUGAAGGUGUGUCUGACUGAACCAAGGAAUAGUGAAGAGUUUGAGAAAAUCAUGCAAAUCUUUUAUAGUACCAUUGAGGAAACAAGACUGGAGACGAGUGGAGUAACCGGGGCCGCCUUCUUGGCAGUGUGUCGGGGUAAAGUCAGUGAAGGUUUAGAUUUUACUGAUGAUAACGCUCGAGCUGUCAUAGCGGUUGGCAUCCCAUAUCCAAAUGUGAAGAAUAUUCAGGUUGACCUAAAACGUCAGUACAAUAAUCAGCAUUGUCAGACACGUGGCCUUCUAACAGGAGAUGCUUGGUAUGAAAUUCAGGCAUAUCGGGCGAUUAAUCAAGCUCUAGGAAGAUGCAUUCGACAUCGCUAUGACUGGGGUGCUCUGAUAUUAGUUGAUGAACGAUACCAAAGAGGCAGUCUUGAAAGUGGAUUGCAAGAAAAUAAGUAUACCCGUGGCUUGUCCAAGUGGGUGAGGAAUAAAAUUGUUCACUCCCCCAGUUUCUCCGUGGCUAUCUCAAACCUUCAACAUUUUACAGAAAAUAUGAUUGCACAUCCUCCAGUGAACCCAGAAAGACUUGAUGAGACAGUGGCCUUUGCAAUGGAUGUGGAGAUGGUAAAACCUGCCGAAACCAGUUCUUGUGUUUCAGUUGAUUGCAGCAAUUCAAAAAUGCAGAACAAAAUGAAUGAAUCUUCAGAUGUACUUUUCCGUGGUCUCAAGUCAAGUCCACUUCACUCAAAUUCUAAAUUACCUAAUCUUGCAUUGGAUAAUAUUUCUACUGAAGUUAACAGAAAAAGUAACAUGAGAGUUGACCCACAAGGAAAUAAUGAAUCAUGUUUAUAUACAGGGAUUAGUGCAAGUAUUGUAAGUAAACCACAUGGUAACUUCAUUGACUUGAAUAAGGAAGGAGAUAUUUUAAUUCCAUCAGGUAAACUUCCUUUCACAUCAACUCAGAUAACAAGCUCAAGAGAAGUAGUGCCACCUCAAAUGGUUUCCAACACCUCACAUAAAAAAUAUUUGAAGACAAAGAGUAAUUAUUUUUUUAAUGCCUUAACUCUGACUGACAACAAUCUUGCAUUAAAAAGCAAUUGUGUUGAAAAAAUUGCAGAGGUCCAACCUACAAAUUUGGACCCACCAUGCAAGAAGAGAAAAUCAUAUUCAGCAAAAGCUAAAAAAUCCAAAACAGGUGAGAAUGAUGAGAAAAACUUGAAAAAGGUUGAAACCUCUAGGUCUUCUAAUGACAGUACAUACAUCUUUGAAUAUAUUGAUGAAAAUGUUAAGUCUAAUGUGUCACCACUGAAAGUACUGCUGGAAAAUGAAAUGAAAGAAAAAAUCCCCUUAAAGCAUACCAUCCAUAGUAAUAAAACAAUGGAAAAAAUUCAAAGCAGUGGUACAAAAAUUUCUGGAGCAAGGAAAAGCUUAGCAUUUGAAACAAUUGAUCAAUGUGAAGGUGAAGUAUCAAUUAAUCAUGAAGAACCCAGCUCUCUGCCAAUGUUUGAUUUGUAUGAAAAUCAGCAUUCUGGUGAUUCUCCUUUCAAUCCUUCACAGAAUAUACACUCAACUGAAACACGUCAAAAAGAACUAUCAAUGGUGAAAGGCAACUGUGAUGAAACAAUCGAAAAGACAAGCAGCUGUUCAACUGGUGGAGAUGUCAGAACAACAGGAAAUCUUCCUCACAAAUUAGAGUCACCUGGAAGUAAAAGAGUCAAAGAAUUAUGCAACACAAAAAAGAGACCCAAAUCUAACAGAAGGAUAUCAAGUUUUGAUUCAAUUAUUUCAGAAGAUGAUUCAGAUCUGGACGAUUUUAAUAUGAGUACGAGCUUCAGCAGCAUUGGAGAUCAUCAAACACUUCGUGAUAAACAAUCAACAAGUAUGCUCAAAGGUGUCCAGUAUAUUGAGUAUGAUAGUGAUUGAUCAAAGGGUCUUCAAUUUGAGGAUUUUUAUUACUGUACUGUAUAUAUCUAUUUUUUAUUUUAUUUUCUAUGAGCUCUUAUAAUUUUGUAAAACUACAUAUUUCACGGGGAAAGUUUGGAGGUUCAGAUGCAAUUCUAGUGAAUUUGUAGUUUCACUAAUACAUUUUAGUAAUCUCUGAAUUUUAUGUAUUUUGUAUGUUAAUAAAAAAGUUCCUACAUA